AUGGAUUCGUUAAGAACUUCACAAAACGGUUUAGUGACAAUAUGCGUUUUUCUUCUUACCAUCUCUCUUCUGGUGAACGGUAAUAUGGACGUAUGGGUAACCAAUAGCAACGGAGGAGACAGGCUAUCGCAAAAAGCCUCGCUGUCCCCCACCGGAAGUUCGAAUGGAUUUCGUAUUUUUGUGGAUCGUAACAAGCGUUAUCAGUAUAUAUCCGGAUUUGGAGCGGCACUGACGAAUGCCGCCGCCUACAAUCUGUACCACAGUUCCCAGCGAGAUCAAAUAAUGCAGGAUCUGUUUGGAAAGUCUGGAAUUUCCAUGAGCUAUUUGAGGUUACCCAUGGGAGGCACGGACUUUCAGGGAGUACAGCCAUACACUUAUAAUGAUCUGCCAUCCUGGCAGCACAACGAUUUCCACAUGGACCACUUCAGCAUUCAAAAAGACAAGGAUUUCAUUAUCCCAAUCCUCAAACAAGCCAUUCAAAUUAACCCAAGCCUUAGAAUCAUCGCAACGCCGUGGACUGCGCCUGCGUGGAUGAAAACCACGAACUCUCUCUUUGGUGGCGAAUUUCAUAAUGGUAACAACUACCAGCAGGCUUAUGCUCAGUAUUUCGUGAAAUUCAUACAGGCGUACCAGACAGAAGGAAUUCCAAUUGACGCAAUUUGCCUACAGAAUGAACCAAAGCACACUGACAACUCUUAUCCAACCAUGAAACUCAGCUGGCAAACGGAAAGAGAUAUAAUCAAGAAUUAUCUCGGGCCUGCUUUUAAUCAGCAUAGUAUCAACACAAAAAUUAUCAUAUACGAUCAUAACUGGGAUGACACCAGUUAUGCUGGAAACAUUUUAGCGGACGGUGGAGCGGCUCAGUACAUUAGAGGUAGCGCCUGGCACUGCUAUGGUGGACGCCAUGACACUUGUGGUGGCUUUCACAAUCAACAUCCUGAUAAGGAUAUCUACUUUACAGAAUGUUCAGGGGGUGAUUGGGCGCCGGGAUUCAAUGUUGUUUGGGGCAUGCGUAUUCUUUCCAUCGGGCAAACUCGCAACUGGGCAAAAACUGUUAUGUACUGGAAUCUUGCCCUGGACGAUAACCACGGUCCAAAGGUCGGAGUUGGUGGCUGCAACAAUUGCAAUGGAGUAAUAACUAUCCAUAGCAAUGGCGGCAUGUCAAAGAACACGGAGUAUUACAUCAUAGGUCAUAUGUCAAAGUUCGUGUUUCCUGAAGCUGUUCGAUUAGAUACUCCUGAGUAUGGAUGGGAUGACGUACACUCUGUUGCCUUUCAGAACAAUGAUGGCAGUGUGGCUAUAGUGGUGUUAAAUCCCCGUAACGACAGAGAUCAGACAUUUUAUAUUGAUAUUGAUGGCCAACAUUACCAGUAUACACUACCAAGAGAAUCAGUCGCUACAUUCACGCACCGUAGUUGAUGUACAUCUUUAAUAUGAGACAUGUGAACACUAACUUUU